UCGACUUCCCGGCUUCCCGGCUUCCCGGCUUCCCGGCUUCCCGGCUUCCCGGCUUCCCCGCUUCCCCGCUUCCCCGCUUCCCCGCUUCCCCGCUGCCGCGGCUUGUGCUGCCCGUUACGGCUCCCGCCGCCGGGGAUAUGUUGCAGAAGCCGAGGAGCCGGGGCCGCCCUAGCUCCCAGGCGGACAGGGACAAGGACUGGGGCCGCGGCGCCGCCGAGGAGGCCCCGAGCACCUCCCGCGGGGCGGGCGGCUCCCAGGAGGCCCGGGGCGCGGCGUCGCAGAGCGCCCGCCGGGCCGAGGCCUCCCCCAAGGUGGGGCCCCGGUCCCAGCAGCAGCUGGAGCUGAAGGUGGCCGAGCUGGUGCAGUUCUUGCUGAUUAAGGACCAGAAGAAGAUCCCGAUCAAGCGCACCGACAUUCUCAAGCACGUCAUUGGGGACUACAAGGACAUCUUCCCCGACCUGCUGAGACUGGCUGCCGAGCGCCUCGAGUACGUCUUCGGGUACAAGCUGGUGGAGCUGGAACCCAAGAGCAAUACUUACAUCCUCAUCAACACCCUGGAGCCGGUGGAGGAGGAUGCCGAGGUGAGAGGCGACCAGGGCACGCCCACCACCGGCCUCCUCAUGAUUGUUUUGGGUCUCAUCUUUAUGAAGGGCAACACCAUCAAGGAAACGGAGGUCUGGGACUUCCUGCGUCGCCUAGGGGUGUACCCCACAAAGAAGCACUUGGUUUUCGGGGACCCAAAGAAACUUAUUACCGAAGAGUUUGUGCGGCAGCGUUACCUGGAGUACCGGCGGAUACCCCACACCGAUCCUGUAGACUAUGAGUUCCAGUGGGGGCCCCGAACCAACCUGGAAACCAGCAAGAUGAAAGUCCUUAAGUUUGUGGCCAAAGUCCAUAAUCAGGACCCCAAGGACUGGCCAGUACAGUACUGUGAGGCUUUGGCAGAUGAGGAGGCCAGAGCCAGACCUGAGACAGGUGGCCCAGCCCCCUCCUCUUGAAGCUCCAGGCUUUCAGAGGGACCCCUGGAGAAGGUCCAAGGCUCUGGGCGAAGGGAUAGGGGUGGGAGGGAGCCUGUUUCUGUAACGCUUAAAUGUGUGUGGCUUUAGGACGUGUUUGCAAAACUUCUGUUCUCUUUUAAUAUUGUAAGUUAUUUGGACCCACUUCUAAAAAACAAUCAGGAGAGGAUUUUUGUUUUGAUUUGUUUGACCUGUAUGUUUUGGCAUAAAGAUUUUGCUAGCUUUAUCCAGCUGAUUGGAAGACUUUGUCCUAUGAUCUCGGACAGGUGUUUUAAAAAAGGAACACAUCAGUAAAUUGCUUUGGCGCCAAGAAAAUAAAAGCGAGGUGGCUAUUAUUUGGUCUCCUAACUAACCCAGUUUGUAAAGUUAAAAUAAAAGUCUGUAUAAAUUAAAAUAGAAAUGUGAUUCUCUACAUCCUUUUUCACCUGAAGAAAUAUUUAUAUAUUUCCCAUAUAUAAGUAUUAUGCAUGAUGUAAGCAAUGUGCAUAUUGUAUUUUCUCUGAAUAGCACUUUUUUGGUACUCGUAAUUAUCACUCAGUUUUGUGGCUGACCAUUUAGUUCUAUUUAGUUUUUUGUCCCUCCCCCUUUUUUGCUGCUAUAAUUGUAAUAAAUACUGUAUAUCUCUGAAGCAGUUAAAUAUUGUGCAUUUUUCCGUUAUGGUUCAUGAGAUAUUAAUUUCGUGACUCAGAACUAACAUCUUAAAAAUUUUUUUCCUUGCUACAUGUUAUUAAGCCAAAUAGUGUUUUGUAGGGAUUGGUCCUUUAUAUGUGUGUGCAUAUUGGAUAACGAUGUAAAAUAGAAAAUACAUUUCUCACUGGGUUCAAAAAAGUUGACAGAACUGUUUGUGAUUAACCUUGCCUAAUUGGGAAUCAGACUACCUGGGUUCAGCUCCUGGCUUCACAUAACUAGCUAUAUGACUUUUAGGCAGGUUACUUUACUUGUGUACAGAUGUUUCCUCACCUGUAAAAUAUGCUGAUGAUGCUCAUGCUAUGUGUGAUAAUGUAGUAAUUAGAUAUUGGAAGUAUAUGUAAAGUUCUUGGUGCAGUGCCUGGUGUGGAGGACUUUAGUUGUAAACUUGUUCCUUAAUUUUUUAAAUUUGUUUUUUAAUCUUGGUCUGGAGCAGUUAAAUGUGAUUUUUCCAGGUUUUCUCAUUAUCUUCUAAAUCACAGAGUAGGAGUUGUUAGUUCAAAAUUAUGUCAGUAUUCUAGCCUAUUGUGUGGUGCCAUGGAAAAACAUAACUCAUGGUAGAUAGUCAGUAUAGCCCACAUAAAGUAGAGCCGGACAGCGAGACAUCAGAUCUCCCCUGGGCUUGAGAGCUAACUAUAGUGAAAGGGUGUGGGUUUUGAGGUUGUCUGACAAGUGGGAUUUGAAUUAGGGCUCAUGCUAUGUUCAGCAUGGUGAUUUGGGUAGAUUUUAAAUUCUCUCUGUCUCAAUUUAUCUGUAAAAUGGAAAAAACAGUAGCUAUAUCAUAGUUUGUUACAUGGAUUAAAGGAGUCCAAAGGAAAGAGCUCCUAGUUUCUUCCCAUUGGUUUCCUUCGAUAUCCUCUGGCAAAAUGCUGUUUAUAUUCAGGGACUCCACAAAUAAUUAUUCAGCAGGUAAAUAAGUGUAAUUGUUUGCGAAGGUACUACAAAUUAACCCUCAAAUGAGCUUGAAAUAAAUACUUUAGCUUAAAAAAAAAUUGGUGGAUUUGAUCAACCCUGGACUAAAUGCCAUCUAGAAGAGUCUAUGGUGCAGUGGAAUGGAAGAAUGUGAUAGAUUAGUGAGUUUUAUUUCAUUCUGUUGGAAUGUAAUUGGUCCUUGAAGGUAUUUCUUUUUGGCUUAAAUUUUAUUUCAUUGUAUAAAUUACUUUGUCAUUGAGCAUCCUGCUUACUGGUCCCUUACCUCACAGACUGCUUUUCCUUCUGGAGUGUUUUAACACUGUUAUCUUCAUCUGUAUGGUGAAAACUAUCAUUACUCAGAACCCACUAUCAGUUAUGUCUGAGGCACAUCUCUUCUCUCAUGCUUUUCCAUAGAGAUGUUAAUAACUUAACCUAUAAUGAAUUACCAUUUUGUUUCAGAUUUUAUUCUUUAUUUUUUUGAAUUUUUAUUUAUUUCUUGUAAGCAAUCUCUACACCCAACUUGGGCCAGCACUCACCACGCUGAGAUCAAGAGUCACAUGUUCCUCCUACGGAGCCAGCCAGGCGCCCUCGGAUUUUAAAAUGUAAAACAUUACAGGCCAGAUGAAGCCCUUAAGUCUUUUUACCCUUCUCAGAGGUGUUAAAGUUUGUGGAUAUCAUUCCAUUGUUGGGUUUAACACUUUUACUAUAUAUAUAGGUGAACAAUGUAUAGUAGUAGUUUGUGAGCUUUUAUGUUAUGACUUAUAUAGGGGGCAUUAUACUGUACUGUUUUGCAACUUGCUCUUUUAACUCACCUUGUUUUUCACAUUUACCCACAAAGGUCUGAUGUAUUCAUUGUAGUUGUUCUUUACUGUAGAAAAAAGUAACAGUUUAUCCGUUUCCUGAUGAUUGGAGAGGUUCUUUCCAGUUUUUAGCUUUUUGCCCACAGUGUAUAGUGCUUCCUUAAGCACAUGCUUGAGUUUCUCUAGCCAGAAAUAACUAAGAGCUAUCCAGGGGCCUGCCAAAUUGCUCUUGAGCUUGUAUUAAGUUACAAUCCACCAACAUUUUAGAGUUCCUUUUUACUGACCCACCCUCCCACCCCUUAUGAAACUUCGGUUCUUCCAAAUCACCACACUUCUACUGUGGGUAUACAGUGAUAAUUUAUUGUAAUAUUAACUUGCUUGUCUUGUUUACUAGUGUCGUUAAGUAUUUUUUCUUCUGUUGUGUUUUUUUUUUUGCCUUAUUUUGUGUUCUGCUUUUUCUAUUUUUUAUUUGUAAGAUUUCCUUAUAUGUUCUGCAUACUAAUCCAUUAUCUAUUAUAUCUAGUGCAAAUAGCUUGUCACAUUUUACUAUUUGUUCCUUUUUUUCUUUUUUCUUUUUUUUUUUUUUUUUGGUCCUACAGAUGAUUUAAUUUUAAUGUGUCAAAAUCAUUGCUGUUUUAUUUUUAAAGGCUAUGUUUUUUGUGUAGUGCUUUUAAAAAAUCUCCAUAAUCCUAAUAAGUGUUAAAAAUUUUGACUUUCACAUUUAAUGCUUUUAAUCUAUUUUUGUAUAUGAUAUGAGGUAUGCGUGUAAUUUUCAUGUUUGUCCUAUAUGGAUUGCCUAGCACCAACUUUUCAUAGUUUAUCCAUACUGAUUUAUAAUAUGUUCUCUAAUAUAUCCAAUAUUAAUAAAUUUUGGCUAGGACUAAACUGAUUUAUUUGCUAUCUCUUUGCCAAUAUC